AGUUCCUGUCGGAUUAUAAAAACUAAAACACCAAGACAGAACGUGCUUUUCAAAAUUCGUAAAAUUAUAUUCUUGUUAGUGAUUGGAUAAUUCUUGUAUAUCUUGUGAAAAUCUUUCGUUUCAUACAAUUGAUUCGAUCAACUGAAAAGCCAAGGGGUAAUUGCAGUAUAUUGCCAUGGAGAGUGUGGAGGAGAAGUUUAAAGCUCUGUCCAUUGCUCGGCGUGUCCAGCCGCGUGAGCCCACCUAUCUGCUGGACAUGUCCGUCCAGAGAGUCUCUGGUCCAGGACCAGGACUCCUGGCUGUGUGCUGCUCCAACCGCUCCAUCCAUCUGCACUGCAAGGACAACCUUAGCCUCCUUGGAGAGUACCAGGGCCAUGGAGGUCCACUCUGUGGAGUCAGCUUCGCCCAUCGGUCUCCUGAUCUGCUGUUCUCAGGCUCGGCCGAUGGCACAGUCAGGACGUGGGACGUUCGCAGACCUGGGUCCGAGGCUGUUCAGGUGUUCAGGAGUGAUCCCUAUCACCACUUCUGCAGCUUUGACGUGAGCUGCAGUGACGAGGUCCUGUGUGCUGGCACUGAACAGGUGGAUGGAGAAGACAGUUUUUUGGUUUUCUGGGAUGGACGCAUGACCAAGGAGAAGAGUUGUGGGGUUCUCGGGGUGUACUCUGAAUCGCAUAGUGAUGACAUUACACAGGUGCGCUUUCACCCCUCAAAUAAAGACCGGUUGGCAUCAGGCUCCACUGAUGGCCUUGUCAACGUUUUCGACCUGAGCCAGGGUUCAGAGGAAGAGGCCCUGAUGGCCACUUGCAACAGUGGCUCUUCUGCCAGCUCUGUCUGCUGGUCGGGGAAGGACUUGAACCAGCUGCUGUGCCUCAGUCACGAUGAGGGUAUGCACCUGUGGGACCUCGGCCAAAUAGACACCAAUGAACCCCUCACGGUCUUCUGCACUCCCGAUGCUCGAAGCUUGACCCCACUCAGUGAUGGGAGACCCCUAGAUUACCUAGUAAGUGGUAUGUGGCUGGAGGAAGAGCAGUGUUUGCUGGUUCUGGGGGGAGAGAACCAUGGAGAUCUCCAUGUGCUUGAGUGCAGCGGUAAGGGCUUGCGUCUGGUGAAGUCGCUCCGUGGGGGUCAUUCUGCCAUGGUGCGUUGCUUCGUGUGGGACACAGAAGGAGGGGCCCUGUUCACAGGUGGAGAGGAUGCCCAGCUGCUUCUGUGGAAACCUGGGACCCGGGAGCUUACGUCAGGGAAGAGGGACACCUUAAAGAGUGGCUCGGCAAUCAAAUUAAAAUCUAGACCACAUAAAAAGCACGGGUACCAAAAAAGAGAAGAAGCGUGACAAGCUAGAGGUGUGAUUUGAAAUGUUAAGUGAGGAAUGGGAGUGUUAAACAGAUUUUUACAGUUUUGUACAGAAAUACAUUUCUAGAUGGGAGAUGUAUUCAUUAUCUUCAUAAUCACUGAAAACUAUGAUGAGACUACAUUUAGUAGUCUAUACUCAUACUAUUUACUUACUAAGUAGUACUUGAUCAACCUGCAUGAAGCUAUGGUUUUACACUACAAGGUUUUACAUAAAUGUGUAUGCUUGUUUGUAAUUCUGAGAUAAGUAGUCCACCACUCCUUCAUAAACCCAAAGUAGAACAUUUAACACAUUUAAAAACAUGUUAUAUUUAUAAACGGAAUGAUUGCUCAUAGAUAUGAAAAAAGUAUGCAUUUGAAGUGUGUCAGUUAGGAACCAUCAAUAAGUUCGAUCUGUUCAUAAAUACUUAAUUACACCUAAAUUAUGUGUAAAGUAUGUUUGUUACCUUACAUCAAAC